UAUUUUUAUUUUAAUAUAUCUCCAUAGACUUCUUCUACAAACUCAUUCCUAUAAAUACCCUUUGAGCUUUUCUUUCAAUAUCAUCAAACCAAGUCUUCACAUCUUCUUCUUCUUCUUCUCUCAAUCAAGUGUUUGUGUCCUUAGAAAAAAAAACAUUACAUUAUGGCUAAGUUUUCUUUGAGUCUUUUGUUAGCUCUUUCUCUCCUUGCUUUUUCUCCACUUUGCUUGUGUCACAAGUAUCAAGGCGGUUAUUUGUUCCCUCAAUUUUACGACCACUCGUGCCCUAGAGCUCAGGAGAUUGUUAAGUCGGUUGUAGCCAAGGCCGUAGCUAGAGAGGCUCGCAUGGCGGCUUCCUUGCUUAGGCUUCACUUUCACGAUUGUUUCGUUAAGGGCUGUGAUGCAUCAUUGUUGCUAGACAGCAGUGGAAGCAUAGUGACAGAGAAAAGAUCAAACCCGAAUAGGAAUUCGGCUAGAGGAUUCGAAGUACUCGAUGAGAUUAAGUCUGCACUUGAGAAAGAGUGUCCCAACACUGUAUCUUGUGCUGAUAUUUUGGCUUUGGCUGCUAGAGAUUCUACUGUUAUUAGUGGUGGACCCAAUUGGGAAGUACCUCUUGGAAGAAGAGAUUCUAGAGGAGCUAGUUUGAGUGGCUCAAACAAUGAUAUUCCAGCACCAAACAACACUUUCCAAACCAUUCUCACCAAGUUUAAACGUCAAGGCCUUGACUUGGUUGAUCUUGUUGCACUUUCUGGAAGUCAUACCAUUGGAGAUGCUCGUUGCACGAGUUUCAGGCAAAGACUUUACAACCAAAACGGGAAUGGUAAACCAGACUUCACCCUUCACCCAACCUAUGCUGCACAGCUUAGAAACCGAUGCCCGAGAUCCGGCUCAGACCAAAACUUGUUCUUCUUGGACUUUGUUAGCCCAACAAGAUUUGACAACACUUACUUCAAGAACUUGUUGGCCUCAAAGGGUCUUUUGAGCUCUGAUCAAGUCCUUGUGACAAGUAGUGAAGCAUCUAAAAAAUUGGUCAUUCAAUAUGCUGAGAACAAUGAACUCUUCUUUGAACACUUUGCUAAGUCAAUGAUUAAGAUGGGAAAUAUUUCUCCAUUGACUGGUUCAAGGGGUGAAAUCAGAAAGAACUGCAGAAGGAUUAACAAUUACUAGAUCAACACAAUUAGAAUCACAUGAAUUAUUAUGUUUUUUUCUUUUAUUUUAAGUUGUCUUUGUGUUAUCUUUUAUUUUGAUUGCUUCUUUCUUUUUCUUUUGUGUGUAUUUCUUUGAAGUUUCAGAGUGUUUAUUUGGUAACAAUUUGAAUAAGUGAAUAAAUGAAAUUGAAUUUUUAAAAGUGAAUA